UACUGGGGCUGGUCUCCUACACCGACUGGGAUUUGCUUUUGGCUUGGAACGACCCUGCGGGUUUGGAGGUGCGGUGGCCUUCAAGUGGGAUUUUCACAGGCUGAGCUCGCAUCUUUACAUUUCAAUAUCCUCCUUACCUGCUGCUGGCAGCACAGGUUGAACCAGGGCAGGACUUCCUGAAAGAGGUGUAAACCAGAGGAACCGGAUUCACUCCGUGGGCUCAGAGGUCAUCCCACUGACCAACUGCGAGGCCGUGGACCAGGCAGCUGUCUCCAAGCAAGCAGACGCCGCCUCCAUCGCUGUCAUGGAGGAGACAGAGGUUUGUUCCCUGCCUGGGGGACUUGCCAGUGUGAGGAAACAAUUUGAGACCCGGGAAACUGCAACGUCGCACAAUGUAACCCAGAUCCAUUUCCAUCACAGAACCGUGCAGGAAAUGUCCAACUCUGAGGUGACAACGUCAAGCAGCAGCAGGCAGGUCGUUCAAGGAAGUCAGCAGCAAAGUUUAAAGCAAGAAGCAGCGGUGUCUUACAGUGACAGUAACUUCACAUCCAGUUUUGAUCAUCAAACGGAAACAGAAGAGGAGCUACCCAGGUUCACUACAAAAGAACUGAGGGCUCACUUUGAAAAAACAAUAGAAGAGGCUGCUGCACACAAACCAAUCAAAAUUGGACGUGAUAUCAAUCGAGGAAAGUGGUGCUCAAAUGUGACACAGAACAACACCGUGACUAGCAAUGUGUGUGAAGCAUCCGCAAAUGAGACAGCUGAAGACACAUUGGCUGUGGAGGUGGAUUAUGACGACUUUCCGCCCCCACCGCCUGAAGAUUCUGAGUAUCUUCCACCCCCUCCUCCAGACUUACUAGAAAUGCCGUCAGACAGCGAAAAUACUCCAGCGUGCCAAUACUCACCUCAGCCACCGGAGCCGACAAACCUCUCCAAAUACCCGCUCAACAAAGAAGCUUACUGCAAGCAGAGGAGCAUGUACGAGCUGAAACGCCUUUACAGGCACAUUCACCCCGAGGUCCGUAGGAAUAUAGAAAAGGAGUACUACAGUGAACACACCGAGGCUGAGAACAACCAGUCCGAGAACAAGGAGUUCAUGUACGAGGACGAUGGCGGCAGUCCCGACGACGUCAACGACGAGGAAUACGUGGAGUGGGAGGAGAUUCUCCCCGGGGAGGUGCAGGCAAUGCGAUGGAGGUUUGAAAAUAAGCCACUGGACACCAUCAAGGAUGAAGCUGCCGACGACGACGACGACAACAACAAAAUAACUGAACAGGAAAUGAUUCUUGGAAAAGAUGUGAGACGAACAGCUUGGAUGUUUGAGACCAAGCCGAUGGACGAGCUGACCUCGCACAAUGUCAACUCAACGGAAUACAAAAAGUUCAACAAAUGCGAUAAAGGUGACGUCCGUGCUGCGGCAUGGUUGUUUGAAACCCAGACGAUGCAUACUCUCAACAAAAUGCAUAAGGAGGAGGAUUUGACAAAAGAGAUUGUGUUCACAGAGGAGGAUGGAAACUCCACGAUUUAUAUGAUUGACAAUAAGUACAUGGAAAGCCUUGGCCAUACUGAGACCAUUGACGAGAGCCACCUGUUGACACUGAGGUCAGUGUUAGAGGAAAUUCAUGGAGAAGUGAAAACUGUCACGAGUACUUUUGACACUCAGUUUAAAUGCAUCAUCAUGGGACAGUCGAGUCAGAUGCUGGAGAUUAAGUCUGUGCGUAAAAUUGAGAGUGAAUUGGAGAACUCCAUCGCUUCACGUUGGCUCUUCGACACCCAACCCCUGGACACGACAAAAACGGAAUCUACAUCUUUGAAAGUUGUUUGCAGUCUUUCCAUGGAGGACAGCAACAAGGGGGACUGGGGCAGGUGGCUGUUCGAGAUAAAGACAUUAGAUUCUCUCUACGGGUGGGAAAGCUCAAGAAUUGAGACGAAAGAAGCGAGCGGAGCGGAUGUGCGAAAGCACUGCAUGGUGUUUGAAACCCAGCCAAUGGAUUCUCUGAAGGACGACUCCAACGCGAGACCCCAGUCUGUUGAAGAAAUUAUCGGGGGCAACGUUAGAUCUGCCAGGAACUUUUUUGAAAGCAGCCCUCGGGCAGAGAGGAAAGCCGAUCCUGAGGUCGGAAAACUUCAAAAGGCAACAGUGAAUGAAGAAAUUAAGGGAGAUGUGAGACACCAAAAAUGGCGCUUUGAGAGUCAACCUCUAGAGCACAUCCGAGAGGAGAAGAAAGAAGUUACUCGCACCGUCAAUGUUGCGGACGACUUCACACAGGAGGAUGGCACCAGCUGUAGGGCAGAUGUUCGCAAGAACUGCUGGGCAUUCGAGACCAGGCCAAUGGACACUUUCAAAGACGAUUCAAACACUCAGCUACUGACAAAAGAGGACAUUAUCGCAGGUAACGUGAGAUCAGCCAGACAUUAUUUUGAAACAGCUCCAGCUGAGGAGUUGAAGGAGCUUUCGGAGGUGGGCAAACUGAAAAGAGCAGUCGCACUUAAUGAGGAGAAGGGUGACGUCAGACAUCAGAAAUGGCGAUUUGAAAGCCAACCCCUGGAGCAGAUCAGACAGGAGAAGAAAGAAGUCCUCCGAACGAUCGACCUGGAAGAAAUUGACAGAGUUGACGUCUCGAACUUCAAGCAGAUCUUUGAGAGCACAGAUUUAAACUGCAGGGAUGAAUCACAAAAGAUUCUAAUAGAGGGUGCGACCUCCGGUUCUGUGAAAGCAAAUAAAAACCUGUUUGAGUCCACUUCGCUGUACGCCAUGCAAGACAGCUCGGGGCACUUCCACGAGGUGAAGACGGUGCGGCGUGAAGAGGUCGUGAAAGGAGAUGUGACAACGUGCAAGUGGAUGUUUGAAACGCGACCGAUUGACCAGUUUGAUGGAAGCAUUGAUCGAUACCAAAUCAUCCAGGGCAUAUCCAAACAGGAAAUAGAGUCCGGUGAUGUUAAAACUGCAAAGUGGUUGUUUGAAACACAGCCCCUCGAUGCCAUUAAGUACUUCAGCAAUAUUGAAGAUGAGGAGGUCACGGGGGAAAAGAUAAAUCUUGACAACGUGAAGGGUGACGUGAAAACCUGCAAGUGGCUAUUUGAGACAAAACCGAUGGACGUCCUCUACGAAAGAGUUGAGCUAAAGGGUGAAAAUGAAUCUGAAGAGAUGCAAAAGGGAGAUGUCAAAACCAGCACGUGGCUUUUUGAGACACAAGCACUUGAUACUAUCCACGAUGAGACUAUUCUGAAAACAUGCACUGUCAAUCAAGAGGACAUUAAAGGAAAGGAUGUGAGGACGGCUUGUUUUCUCUUUGAGACGGAGACGCUGGAGGACCUUUCCCGGGAGGAGGAAGGCUCUUUCAAGCGUGUCACUGAGAUCGACGUUGCAUCUGGAGACGUAUCUGGGAUGAAGUAUAUUUUUGAAAAUCAAACAUCAGAUAUCAUGACUUCUACAACUGAGGAGCUGAUGCAAAAUCUCAAGAGGGCUCAGACUGAGGACAUACAAAGAGGGAACGUAGUGAACUGCAAAUGGCUCUUUGAAAACCAGUCAAUGGAUGCAAUGCACAAUAGCCAAGAGGAAUACACAAGCAGCCGCACAGUGAAUGACGUACAGGGAGGAGAUGUAGAUAAGGCACGUUUCAUUUUUGAGACAUACUCCUUGGAUGAAAUUCAGGAGACGGACAAAGAGCUGAUGAAAAUGCGAAAGAUUUUCCGAGAGGACGGUGAAAGAGGCGAUGUGAGAAAUUACACAAUGAUGUUUGAAAAUCAGCCGCUUUACGCCAUUCAGGACAAAGAGGGACUUUACCACGAGGUCACCACUGUCACGAGUGAAGAAGUGACCAGAGGAGACGUGGUGGGAACCCGCUGGAAGUUCGAAACCAAGCCCCUGGACGCCAUCAAGGACACUGAUGAGGUUUACAUCAUCAAAUCUGUCGCACAACAGGACGUGCAAAAAGGAGACGUCACCUCUGCUAAGUGGAAGUUUGAGACGCAACCGCUCGACAAGAUCACAGAGGGAAAGGAAACGCUCGUUAAAACCGUGAAUGAUAUUCAGGGAGGCAAUGUCAGGAUAAACAAAGAUCGCUUUGAAUCUGACACAGGGUUGCAGGAAUCCGUUCGAACGGUUAAUGUGAGUGAAAUACAAAAAGGGGAUGUCAGGUCUGCGAAGUGGAGAUUUGAAACCCAGUCCAUUGACAAGAUAAGAAGCAUGAGCUCUGAAAGUCUGAUUGAAACGGUUAAAAAAGAAGAGGUUGAAAGGGGAGAUGUUAAACAUUCAGUCUGGCUCUUUGAGAAAAAUCCCCUUGAUCACAUUAAAGAGGUAGAUGAGGACCAAGGCACAAUCAUCACACCACCGGAAGCGACUUUCAAAUCCGACGUAAAGACCACCGCGUGGUUAUUUGAAACCACACCGUUUGAUGACUUUAAUGAGACAAAAGUGGAGAAGACGGAAAUCGUGGGAAAGAGUGUCAAAGGAACUCUGGCGGAACUUUAUAGUCAGCAAAUGGUGAAGUCAAAGGGAAUACUCAUUGAAGCUGAUGAAAUAGGCGACGUUAGAAUGGCUAAAUACCAGCUGAUGAAUAAGGAGGCUCCGGAAAUCCAACGAGAGGAUGUCAUCAGGGGAGAUCUGCAGACAAUUAUGAUGAACCUGCUGAACAGAGGAGAAAGACAGGAGCGGCAGAUAGUCAUAGAUUCAGACGAGAUGGGCAAUAUCAGUUCGACAGUACAUCAGCUAUUCAACCAAGAGAGUGAGUGCAGUGUUGAAAAGGAGCAAAUACUACGAGGCGACAUUCAGGAAGCGAUCAACAAACUUUUUGACGAGAGCGGUUCAGCCAAACAUGGAAUACUCAUCCAGGAGGACGAAAAGGGAGACGUGCAGAUGACAUUGUAUUCCCUUCUCAAUAAACAAGAGAACGUUAACGUAGACAGAGAGGACAUUGUGAGAGGGGAUAUAAAAAGUGCUCUUCAAAGUCUGUCCAGCUCAGACAACAGUGAUCAAGUGAUGAAAAUAAGGAUAGACGAGACGGAAAGGGGAAAUGUCAACUUUUACUCCAUGUGCAUCGAAUCUGGAGCUCUGGACUAUCUCAAACAGCUCCACGUAGGACCUGAUGAAACUCUGCCUGACAGAGCAGAAAAAGAGAAGAUCCUCGGAGGCGACAUCAAGGGCACCAAACUCAUCCUCGGGCGCAAUCCAACGCAAGUCGAUCGCACGGUGGAGGACGUUGUACCGGGUGAUGUUCAGAACCAGGUCAAAGUUUUCAUGUCAGAACCAACGCUCUCCUCGGAAAGACUCCAAAAAGAGGAGGUAGUCAAAGGCGAUUUGAAAGCUGCUUUAAGCCUGUUGUCCGAAUCGGCAAAUCAAACGGUCGUAGUGGAGAAAGAGGAGGUGGUGAAAGGCAACAUACCGAAAGCCCUGCGCUGCCUGGAGAAGGCUCAAAAGCGACACAAAGAGGUGGAGAAGCCGGAUAUCGUACGGGGAAAUAUCAAAGUGGCGCUGAGGUCUCUUGAAAAGUCGUCGACAUCUCGAGUUGAAGCCGUUCCCGAGGAUUUAGUUCCUGGAGAUGUGAGGGCCACACUGAAAUCCCUGGAGCUGGCAAAGCAAAUGGUGAAGGAAGUCGAAAAGGAGGAAAUUGUGAAGGGCGACAUUCGCACAACAAUGCAAAGUCUGCAGGAGGCCUCCAGUGAGAGGAAGACAUGUCAACAGGAAAUAGACGUUCAAGGGAACGUCAGAGGAACAAUUCAGCUCUUGCUGGAGCCUCCGUCUUCACCAAAGAUGGAAAGGAGCCCAAGCCUCGAGCGGGACGUUAAGGGUGACGUGAAGAUGUCAAUUAAGUCGUUGUAUGAGACGCAGGACCAGUCGCAGCUAGAGAAAGAAGAGGUGAUAAAGGGUAAUGUUAAAGGCACCAUUAAAUCGCUGUUGGAAACGGCACAGCGUGAAUCUCCAAAAGUCAGACAUGGAUCAUACAGAAGAGUUCGAGUCAGGCAGAGCCCUCCAGUUAAAAGUCUAAAUGCUGAUGCAAAGAGGAACGUGCAAAAGAUAAAAACUGCCGAUUCAGAGUUAUCGAAAGAAAAGCACGUCAUCUCUAAUGACUCUGAAAUUGUUAGAACAAUCUCAAGCUCCGAGAAGCAGUCGGCGCAGCAAUCAACGACUGUGUUGGAGCAUAAAACAAUUGUCCAAAAUCAUGGCAUCAAAACACUAAAGACAGAGUUUCGUAAUCUAAAGUCGAAGGGGAAGGGAGCGAAAAAAGUUGAUAAAACCAAAGUUAAAACCGACGAUUACGUCCUGAAACCACAAACGCCAGAGCCCGACCUGCCUCCGCCACCACCACCUGUGACGGACGCUGACCUUCCUCCGCCCCCCAGUGUUGAUUCUGACAUCGAGUGCCUUCCCCCUCCACCACCGCCGCUAAACAGUGAGCAGGACUUCCUCCCACCUCCACCCUCUCAACAAGAACUGGAGAGCAUGCCAACGCAGGCGAUUCAUCGCUCACCAGCGAAAGCAAAAAAGAUGACGGUCAAAAAAGUGAAAGCUCCAGUUUUAUGCCCGGUCCCAAAGUUGGAGCCUAAAGUGGAAUUUAGCAAAACGGAGCAGGUGGAGCUCACGUCCAAGAAAGUAAUAGAAAUCAGCCAAAAACAAUUAAAAACAACAACACACACAACAAAAACGGUUUCAUGUGAAAUCCCUCCGCUGCCCGAGUCACCAAAACCGCCGAAGAGAGUUUACACCCCCCCCGUGAAGUUCACCCCUCCGCCCUCUCCUCCGCCCUCCGCGAGAGGGAAAACCACUAAAUUUAACACCGCAUUGAUAAAAGCAGAAGGAAAGUAUCGGAAGCUGGUGGAGGACAACACCCCCCCGAGCACUCCAACGCCCACCUACGUACACGACUCAGUCACCGCUGCUCUGGAGAUGCUCUCCACCAUUGAAACGGAGCAGUCAAGCAGCAAUGCAUCAGAACACACAAAGGAGAGCGCUGACGAGAAGGCAUCGAGAGUUCAUUCGGACUCCCUGUCAUGUGGCCUAACGAAGCGCGUGGUAGUCCCGGACACCACCCACAGCGACGUCAGCGCCAGCCCUGAGAAAACCUGCACUGAAACAUCGGUUGUGUCUUCUGCCAAACAGCAGAUCGUCUCCAGUGAGACGUCAGAGGUUAUCUCCGUUCUGAAGACCUCAUCGGUGUCAUCCGUUAAACAACAGAUGCAUGCGACCACACAGUCGGCUCAAUCCGUCGUGGUCCACACUUCGAUGACUGAUGUCACAACAACUGAAAGCGUGUUGGCUGACAGAAAGAAGGAUUUAAAAAAUCAGAAAACAAAGCGCUCAAACAAGCUCAAUGACAAAAACGAAGCUGUGCAGUGUGAUAAAAGCCAUGUGGAGAAGAACGAGGGAAAAUCAGAAUCUGAGAAAAAAGAGAAAAAUGCAAAAGAGUCCAGAUCCCCACAGCGUGACAACAAAAAGAACUCUGAUCUUUCUCCUACCAAAAGCCAAGAGAAGGUCUUCGAUCAGCAAAUACAAGCAGAAAAGACAGCUGCCAAUUCCAAUGUAAAAGCAGGCAAACCAAAUCAAAAGGGGAAAAAGAGCCACAAGCAAGAAAAGCAGAUAGAGAUAAAAACGCCCAGUGAGUGCGAGAAACAAAGUGUUUCACAAGACGUCAAGGUGACCGUGAAGGAAGCCGCUGAGGUGAAUGUGACCAGUGAACAUAAGGAAGUAAAGACAGAGUUUAAACAGGUGAUUAAGAAAGUGACUUCCUCUGCUGCUGCUGCCGCCGGCACCGACGGCGUGACGGACAGCCAGCCGCACGCUCCUGCUCCCGCAAAAAAGAAGAAGAAGUCCAAAAAGUCUAAAGGUAAGGAGAUUUCCACAGAAUCAAAGAGAGACAUCGUAGAUCCCAGCAAAGCGACAUCUGAAAAGUCGCAACAAGCUCAAGAAACAAUUACAAUUUCCAAAAUCAAAAAAAGUACAAAUGAAGAGCAGAUUGAACUCGACACAGAAGUCGUUAUCGCGGAGAGCAAAGACGGGCAGAGUGUCCAGCAACGAAAAGCUGUUCCAACGCCAGGGAAGGGAUCUCAAACUAAGAGGAAAGAAGUGACAGCUGUUCGGCAGAGCGAGGAGGAUCCGCCGGAAGAAAGUCGGGAUGUCCCAAUUACAGUGACAGGCCGGUCGGGGCAAAAUGAACGGGCGAAGUCCACAGCGGGGAGAACAGAAGCCUCCCAGAAGCAGGAGGCUCACGUGUUAAUCUCUCACACCACAGAGACUGAGGCUCUGCUCAAUGCGCUUCCACAUUGGCUGAUGAAUCCCGAAAGAAAGUGCGAACUGGAGGAACCUGUGGUGGAAAGUGGCGCUCAAAAAAACAACUCUUGUGUCAGUGAACUAUCAGAGGCAGAACGAAUGCAUCUAAAAACAAUAGAGAAGCAUGAAUUCGAGGCAAUACCGGAGAAAUUUGUUUGCAGCUUAUCCCAAAUCAGUAUCGGCUCUGCGAAAAUUGAGAACCAAACGAAGACGACGACCACCCACGAAAGACGGAGCGAGGAGGCGAGUCAGAGCAAGUGUGUCGACGUCCGGGCUCCGUCGCCGCUGCUGAGGAUGCGCUCGCCGUCGCCGACGUCCAUCACCAUUGAAUCCACGCGGAGAGCCGACCCGACCGACAGAGCGACGCCGUCCCCCGCCCCGCCGCAGAAGCCGCUCACGCCUCCCACGCCGCCGCCGCGCAGGUGCGACACCCCGACCUCGCGGCUCACUAGAAUCACGCCCUCUCCGACUUUUGACCGGGCGGAAAAUUUGGCUCGGCUCAAAGACGCGACCGCCAAACUCUCGCGCGGAGUGACCCCGCCGCCGCGGACGCCGCCGCCCCAACAGAUCUCAGAGAGGAGAUCGGAGAUUGUGGAGUCGCCCGCGUCUUUCCAUCGGCAGAUCAAAAUUGAGCCCCAACCUGUGGAGGCUCCAGAGGCUCUCGCAACAGAACGGGAGGCUCAGUGGGCCGAUGUCAAUGUGGAGGAAGAUCGAGCUGGUGUUUCAGACCGUACGAAUGCAAGCGGAACACCAAGCACUUCCCACCCGCCAUUUUGUCAGAGUGACCCAGAUCUCAUUGAAGAUUCAGAUCUUCCAGAGCCAUCAUCUGUAUCUGUCAGAGAAAAGAGAGAGUUUUUUGAAGAAGCUCAAAAGGCGGAAAUUCAUAAGACCUAUGUGCGAAAAGAGCCCAUUGCUAUUCCUGAAAGAUUAGGGCCAGACGUGGACGACUCAGUGGCAGAAAAUAAGAGCCAAGAAGGUGAUGAGCUUCCCAAGGCGGACCUGUAUGAUCCUGCAAACACAUUUGAAUCAUCAGAAGAGGAAUUAUUUAUGAGAAAAGAGCUUAUGCCUCUCACAGAUUGGUUUCACAAUGACGCUGAAAGCAGUGAAUUUGACGGAGAGAAAGCAAACAUCUUUGAACAAGAAAUGCCAUCUUUUGACAUCCAGGCUAUUAAAAAUGUUUUUGAACUGGGCGAGCUAAGCUCCUCGCACGGAGAGGAGCAAAGGGAUCCGGAGGAGACUGCAGCCGACGCUUCGAAGCGGGAGAGUCCCCAAGAAACAAAGAAAGCAUCGCGGCAGAGCAGCCCCCUCCCUCCUCGGGAAACCGAGGCAGAUCUUGUGCCAGCAGAACGGGCGGCCUUUUCCGGAACCAAAUCGGCCACGGAGCGAUUCUGUGACAUCGACGAGUUCGGUAACAAGGUCACCGGAAUGCUGACAGCUGCGUCCGAGCACGCGGAGAGCGCGCCGACCCAACGGGCCCCUUUUUCCUACGCCGACGCGGUUCGAAAAAAAGCUGCGUCAUCGAAGCAAGCGGACACGCUCGACGAGGACGCCACUGAGAAGUUGCUGAGUAAUUUCCAGAAAACCUGGACAGAGAGCGAGUCCGUUUUCAAGAGUCUCGGCUACACGAUCUCGGAGGAGACGACGUCACAGGUUGUGUCGCGUCAGACGAAGAUUGUCUCAUCUGGUUCGAGUUCCAAAGUCGGAGCUCUGCACAGUAUGUCGGAGGAGAGCAUAUCCGAUGGAUGCUGUGAUAGUGGACAAAAAAAAGUACCAUAAAUCCUGUUUCUGCUGUGAGCACUGUGGAAAUAAAUUAAGCUUAGGGAAUUGCGUCUCUCUCCACGGACACUUCUACUGCCUGCACCAUUACAAACAACUACUCAAAUCCAAAGGGAGCUUCGACAAUGGACUUGGGCAGAAUCCUCCAGCUGGAUGUGGUGGACCCAUCCCUUUAGACGAGAAACUUGAAUGCAGAUAUUCCAUGAGCAGCCUAAAUUCAGUAGACAAAACACACAGCGUUGAAAAUAAUCUGACAACAAUGUGCGAUGAAAGCAAAUCACACAGGAACAAAAUGUCUGUAGUUUGGCCCCCACAGGCCGACCCUCUGAAGAAAGCCUUUAAAAUAGAAGAUGACAUUCAGCUAACCAAACCACAAUGGCCCCCUCUUGACAACACUCCCAAAUCACCCAAACAACAACACAGAAAGGCUGUUCCAAAAAGUGUGCUUUGAAAUAGAAUCACUAUCCAUCAACUCGACAGUUUAGUUAAAUAAACCCAAAGAGGAUUCUCAAAAGAAUGAAACGGCUCGGUAAGAUGCUACGAAAACAUUGUACCGUGGGUUCCAUUAGGGACGUGUUUGGUUGAAGGUCAUGCAGUCAACGGAUUUAAAAGGAAGAAAGAAAAGUGAGAUUAUGAAAGGAAAGCGUACGUGUAGAUGUGGCAUGAAAAUAAAAAAGAAGAUUGUAAUAGUAAGUAGCGAAGAGAUGGAAGUGGAGAAAGUGUUGAAGUUUGAUGUAGACAUGAAGCAGUGUACCUUGAAACGAUUAUGUCAUUUUUUUAAUUUUUCAUUACUACAGCAUUCACACUAAUGUAACAUUUAGCAUUUGAAAAUACAAGAUGUAAUGUAACUUGUGGUUAAAAACGUUAAACACAUUAUAGCUAUUAACAGCAUCGCAACAAAUUUAAGAUCUUGGUCCAAUAAAAUUGAUAUUUAUCUGUUUGGUUCAAUCUACAUUUCUAGGUGAAAUUAAUUCAGAGGUUUAUUCACUGUUGAAUAAACUGAAUGUCUAAACUGUAUUUCCACUGCUUUUGAAAGGAGCGCAGUAAAGAAUUCAUAUAUUUUCCAAUUUGGGCCUGUUUUUUCAUCCCCUUUGUUUUACUUCAAAAGUAUUGUUUGAUUGUAAAAUGCAUGCAAUUCUUUUGCUACUGUAUGCCGGUUAAUGGAAAUGAUUUCAGUCGGUUGACUCUUGUCUUAUUGUAUUGUGUCAGGUGUCUUAUCUUUCAACAUAGCAACAUUUUGCAUUUGCCUGUUUUCUGCACCUGGUGUGCGGACUACUAAAAGCAUCUUGGAAUUAUGUUAUUUAAAGUAUCGAAAGUAUAUAAUGUUGACAAGUGAAUUGGUGAUAAUCAUGUUUGUUUUGGAAAUUUGUAUCCUAUUUUGAACAACCAAUAUUUUGCAAUGAAGAAUUGUAUUUUUUAGAUUAGUCGUAUCUUUCUUUGUACAAGAAAAUUCCUGAUUCCGUCGUGCUGUCAGGCUGGUUCACUUACUUAAUUGCUGAUCUGAGGGCAAUAAAACAAUGAAUUUCACGGUU